AUGUCAUCCAUGAUCACACCCCGGACCUGGCAUCCAUGUCGUGCCGACCCUUCUUUUUCGCUCAUCCCGCUGCUGGCCGAACAGAGGACAAGGAGAAUGCCAAGCCGUCGGCGCAGUAUAGCAGGAAAAGAUGGACUCCGAAUGAAAAGACGAGGAAGGAGAGACGUCUUUGGGGUGGUGCUGGAGAGCGGAGUGCUGAGCGGCAAGCAGGUCGACUGCCGCUUAGGUACCCAGUGUAGUGGCAGCGAGGCCUUGCGCGAGUCACUUCAUUCGUGCCUCUCAAAAUGCCCUCCUCUCAUAGUCGAUUACUGA